UUUGUAUUAAAGGCCUUUAGAAAUGCCAAAUGUUUCUACAUUAACAUCAGAGGAUAAACAGAUAAUUAAGAAAUGCAUUCCUAAGCCUACAAAUAAGAUUAUUACAGCAGCGGUUGCUCGGCUUUAUGUUGCACAUCCAAAUCCUAAUGAAUGGAGAUUUACAGGAAUCAGUGGAGCAAUUGUUUUUGCACAUGAUAUGAUUGGAAAUACGUUGUUCUUAAAGAUGGUAGAUAUUUCAAAUUCAAACCGUGGUAUUAUAUGGGAUCAAGAAUUAUAUGAAAAUUUUCAAUAUCAUCAAGAUAGGACAUUCUUUCAUUCAUUUGAAUUGGAGAAAUGUAUGGCGGGGUUAUCAUUUGCAGAUGUAAAUGAAGCUUCAGCUUUUUAUCGUCGUGUAAAUGGUCGUCUUAGUAUUAGUUCUCAUAAAAAUGUGCCUAUGGCGGGAGGGUUAAAGAUGAAUACAAAAAAGAAAUAUAUAGAUAAAUCAAAAAUUGGGGCGCCGUCUCAUUUUAAACAUGUUAGUCAUAUUGGAUGGGAUUCUGAAAGGGGUUUUACUACGGAAAAUAUAGAUCCUUCAUGGAAGAAACUUUUUGAUGAUUUAGGACAAUUUGGAUUUUCAUAUGAACAAAUUGAAGAAAAUAAGGAUUUUAUUCGGGAAUAUGUUGUAAGGAAUGGAGGAUUAGGAAAUGUUAAACAAGUACCUGAAUCUUCACAAACAAAUACCUCUGUUUUACAAGAAUCUAUUAAGAGACCUCGUUUGCCUCCACCGCCUCCAUUACCACCACCACCGACGUCACCAACUCCCUCUUCUAAAACUGAUAUUAAUAAGAAAUCACCAUUAUCUUUAAAAAGAGUACCACCUCCUCCUCCACGUAAAUCUCAUGUUUUUAUGUCGGAAACGAGUCGAUCUUUAGAAUCAACAUCUGCACCACCUAGUCCUCCACCUUUGAGAAAUUCUGUUGUUAAUCAGCAUAAAUCUUUACACGUUUCUAUUGUUAACACAAAUGCUUUACCUGAAUUAGUUAAUUCAACAGAAAAUGAUGUUUUACUAGAAUCAGAAGCUAAAAAGGCAUUUUCUCAUGAAAACUCCACUCGUAAAUCAUGUCCAUCAUCUUCUUCUGGACUAUCAUGCUCAAAUAAUUCAGCUGAUUUGAACUCAGAUCCUACAGUAUCGUCUACUCCCGCUUCUAAAUCAGAUGCUUCCUUUUUAUUUUCAAAUAAGGAUAAAGAUAUCACUUCCGAUAAUCCAGCGUUUUCUUCAUCAUCUAGAAAUUCUGUUUCUCAGCUUCGAUUACCUAACAAGACUUUUACUUCUGAUGGUUCAUCAGGUUCUUUAUCAAUUUCUGCUUUUGCUCCUCCCCCACCUCCUCCUCCACCUCCUCCUCCACCUCCUCCGCCACCAUUGUCAAUUCUGACUUCCGUAUCUUCAGACUCUAAAUCAGCAUCAUUGGGUUCUUCGAAUAAGAGUAUUGCUUUUUCUGUUUCUCACUCAUCUGAUGAAAAGGCUACUUCUUCUCAUAAUAUAGCAUCGAUAGAUCAGACUUUAGAUCUGCCAUCUGAAUAUAUUUCAAGUGUUGAUCGUUCUAAUUUAUUAGCUAGUAUUAGAUCAAGUGGUGGUGUUUCUAUGCUAAGAAAGGUGGAGCCUGCUUCAUCCUCAAGAUCUUCUUCAAGUUGCUUUAAUGGAAUAUCUCGUUCUACAAAUGGCGCUGGAGGACAUAUUAAUUUAGAGGAUGCUUUGGUUGCUGUUUUAAAUCAUCGCAAAGGAAAAGUUACUUUAAGUGAUGAUGAUGAGUCAGAAGAUGAUGAUUGGGAUGAUUAAUGGAUUAAUUUUUAUUUUUAUUUUUUAUUAAACAAUUGUCUUUUUUACUAAAUCUCAUGUUAAUAUCUCUUGCUCUGG